UUGAAGGUUGCAGCCAGUUAUUCCUGUGGACAUUUUCACCGGGAACCAAAGUCUCUUUGGGUACUCCUAUCCUAGACUCAACAGGGUGAAGGCCGGUGGAUCCCAACAGGAUCUCCCACCUCCACCUGAUCCCCUCGGAACCAAACACAAGUCCCUCUUCCAGAUCGUUGGGAAGAGGAACACCUAGUGGGAGGAACGCUUGAUCCUUUUCGCAGAAGGUUGGUGAGAUCUUCUGACUAGAGUCCCUCAAGGCGUUGUCUACUCAGCCGUCCUCGGUUGAGGCAGGUCCUGCUCCACCUCUUAAGUCUUCCUAGAGUUGAGAUCGAAUCGACCGAUUGCUGGAAGGAGAUCUCUCCGGUGGAGCAGCUUUCCAACAUGGUGGAACACUCAACGUCCACGCCGUACGUCUCGGUGAUGGACCAGUAUGGCUACCAAAUUGGCAAAGCCAUCGGGCACGGCUCCUACGGGACGGUCUACGAAGCUUAUUUCUCCAAGCAGAAGUCCAUGGUGGCCAUCAAGAUCAUCUCCAAGAAGAAGGCCUCGGAGGAUUAUCUCACAAAGUUCUUGCCCAGGGAAAUACAGGUGAUGAAGAGCCUCCGCCACAAAUACGUCAUCAGUUUCUACCAGGCCAUUGAGACCACCUCCCGCCAUUACAUCAUCAUGGAGUUGGCACCAAGCGGUGAUGUCUUGGAAUGGAUCCAGAAAUCUGGAGCGUGUUCGGAAGCCCUGGCUGGCAAGUGGUUCUCGCAACUGACCCUGGGCAUCGCUUACCUGCAUGGCAAGGCCAUUGUGCAUCGGGACCUGAAGCUGGAGAACCUGCUGCUGGACAAGCGGGAGAACAUCAAGAUCUCGGACUUCGGCUUCUCCAAGAUGGUGGCCCCCCAGAUGCAGCCCCCGCCCACCCCUUCCUACCGCAUGAUGAGCUGCUUCUCCCACCUCAGCCAGACCUACUGCGGCAGCUUCGCCUACGCCUGCCCGGAGAUCCUGCUGGGCCUUCCCUACAACCCUUUCCUCUCCGACACCUGGAGCAUGGGCGUCAUCCUCUACACCCUGGUGGUGGCCCACCUGCCCUUCGACGACACCAACCUGAAGAAGCUGCUCAGGGAGACUCAGAAGGAGGUGAACUUCCCCAGCCAAGUCCAGAUCAACGACGAGAUCAAGGACUUGAUCCGUCGCAUCCUACGCCCGGCCUCCAAACGGUUGAACAUCUUGGAGAUCCUAAAAGUGUCCUGGGUGCUGAAGUUCUUGGCAGAGAAGCCCACCUCCGAACUGAAGGCGCUUGAGGCCAUUUGCGGACCCCGGACGACGGAGGCCGGCAAAAGCACCCCUACCCCCAACACCAAAUCUAAGUCCCUCACUUUUACGGCGGACAAAAAAAAACCAGCCAGCCGGAUCCGGAGCACGGGCCAGAUCAAGCCGUCUAAGAACGCGGAGAAAACCAGCUGAAUAGCCGAUUAAAAUAUAUAUUAUAUAUAUAUAUGUAUAUAUAUAUGGGACUCUACAAUGUUGCAUCUGGACGCUGGGCUGAGCUGCUGGAUUUCUAGCUGCGGGGAGGCGGUGUCAAUUAUGUCCCAGGAAUGCAGGGAGACUCCCGAGAAAAGGGCACCUUUUUAAAAGGGGGGAGGGGAAGAAGAGUGGGCAGAAGAAGACCGGAGGGGGCGAGCUUUGGAAAUUCAUUCUUUGCUACAAGUCCUUGACUUACAAUGCUUCGCUUAGUGACCGUUGGACAUUACAACAGCGCUAAAAAAAGCGACUAAGGACCGUUUUUCACGGUCAUGUCAUCAAAAUGUAAACACUCGUGUUUAUGACGGUUGCAGUGUCCAAAACUCACUGAACGGAUGUCCCACUUAGCCGCCGAAAUGUGGGUCGUAAGUCAAGGACUCCCUGUGUUUUUCUGAAGGUGGACAGAGUUUUUUGCUUCUGAACCGUCCCUAGAAGCCUGGGCAGCACAUCUCAACCUCGGCCACUUUUAAGAUAGGCGGACUUCAACUCCCAGGAUUCCCCAGCCAGCUUGGAAUUAUGGGAAUUGAAGUCCAGCACUGGUGAAGUUUCCUAGUUUGAGUAAUGAGACGUCUGCAAGAAAACCGCCCACCUCAGAGGCCACCAAGUCUCCCUCUCUUACGCAUGGAAUCCUGGGACUUGAAGUCCAGGUAUCUUAAACCUGGCCUCCUGGGAGUUGAAGUUCAACAUAAGCUUGGAAUCCUGGGAGUUGAAGUCCACACAUCUUAAAAUGGCUAAGGUUGGAAAACCCUGGACAAAUGCUUCAUCAAUUGAAGUCCACGUAUCGUGAACAUAGAAUCAUGGGAGUUGAAAUCCACAUAAGCAUGGAAUUCUGCGAGUUGAAGUCCAGAUGCCUUAAGCAUGGAAUCUUGAGAGUUGAAGUCCACUUAAGCAUGGAAUUCUGGGAGUUCAAGUCUGCCUGUCUUAAGCAUAGACUCCUGGGAGUUGAAGUUCACAUACAAAUGGACUCCUGGGAGUUGAAGUUCACGUACGCAUAGAAUCCUGGGAGUUGAAGAGUGUGUGUGUGUGUGUGUGUGUAUGUGUACAUACAUACAUACAUAUAUAUAUACAUGGAAUCCUGGGAGUUGAAGUUCACAUAUGCACGGAAUCCUAGGAGUUGAAGUACAUAUACGCAUGGAAUCCUGGGAGUUGAAGUCCACGCAUCUUAAAGUGGCUAUGGUUGAAAAAAACCAGGGAUAAAUGGUCCAAUGUGCCAAAAAUGAGGUAAAAGAUUCAUUCUGUCAAAAAAAAAUCAGGAGCUGAUGUAAGAAAUUACCAAAUUUCUGAAGUUUUGGCUACCAGAACAGUGUUGUUUUUUUUUUAACCUCUGCCAUUUUAAGAGGUGCAAACGUCAACUCCCAGAAUUCUCCAGCCAUCAUGGCUGGCUGGGGAAUUCUGGGAGUUGAAGUCCGUACCUCUUAAAGUGGCAGAGGUUGAAAAACAUUGGUUUGGAGUGUAAAUUGCAGCAAGAACAAGGGUUUUUGUUUUUUUUUUUUUGGUUGGGCUAUGGAGAAAAAGAUGUCACUUUGAGACAAGAGACACUUCAGACAACACACGUCAGGGCACUUUAUUCACCGGGCACAGAAAGCAACAAAGCAACGAGUCACCACAGGAGUGCACACGUGUCGGCGGGGGCCACGCUUCCCCCCCCAUCCCAGCUCCUGCCCAAAAGUCGAUUUUUUUAUAUAUAUAUAUAAAAAGAGAGACUGAGCAAGCCUUAAAACAGAAAAAACAACAACACACAAGCGCAAGUCGAAGAGAACCCUAACAGACGAACUUCAAAACCGUGUCAACAGAUACACGCUACCGAUAAAACCGGGACAGACAGUACCUCCAGUCCAAACUAAAUUCCAAUUUUCUCCCUUAAUUCCUGAUAUCCCCCCUACCCGC